AUGAAUAAUAUCCCGAAAAAGAUAGAUAUUCCAACCUCCAUCAGAGGAGGGAGUAAUAGCAACAUGCUUGAAACUCCAAAAUCUCCAUCAAGAUCUACUAGAAGUUUGGAUCCACCUAAAUUGAACGAAGCCCCUAAUCUCACAUCAACAUCUCCUAGAAGAAGAAAUAAUAAAUCAGUGUUUAGUGAUCGAUAUAUCCCUACUCGAACUGGAAUUGAUCUUCAAGCUGCUUUUAGUUUAUCUCAUGAGGAAGUAUUACCAGAUCUAAGAAGUAAUAAGAAUAUCGAUAAUGAAAUUGAAAUGAGAAAGGAAGAAGAAGCCAAUCGUACUUUUUCAACUGUUCUUAAAGCUGAAUUAUUUGGUGAUAAUGUUCCGAUGGCCACAUCUGCUUUAUCGACUAAUACUUCCACAUCUAAUAAUAUCAGAUCAAAUAUACCUAAAUUCCCUUCCAUACGACCAAAUAGUACAGGAACUCAUAGUAGUUCUAUUAUUGCUGGCAAUAAUGCUACAUCUACUACUUCAAAUAAUAAUUCCAACCCUAUCUCCACUUCGAAUAGCAACUCCAAUAGUAAUAACUCCAAUAGCAAUAAUAACAACAUAACUAGAGAUUAUGAUGAUAGUGUUACUAGUACCCCACGUCGUAAAACUAAUCUUUUCACCUAUCAAUCACCUCAAAAGUCAAGACCAAUAUCUCGAGAUUUACAACAAGAAUUAUAUUCUUUAUCACCAGUAAGGCAAGAAUCACAAAAAUUAUUAUUAUCACCUCAAAAGAAACCUAGAAAUAUUUCAAAAGUACCUUAUAGAGUAUUAGAUGCUCCUGAAUUAUCUGAUGAUUUCUAUCUUAAUCUCGUUGAUUGGGGGGCUCAAGAUAUCUUAGCAGUAGGAUUAGGUGAUAGUGUUUAUUUAUGGGAUGGAGCUACUCAGUCAGUAGAUCGAUUGUGUAACUUAUCAAACAAGGAUAAAGUGACAAGUUUGAAUUGGAUUGGGUCAGGUACUCAUCUUGCUAUUGGGACAUCGAAGGGGUUAGUUGAAAUAUGGGAUGCUACUAAAAUCAAAUGUGUUAGAACUAUGUCAGGUCAUAAUUUAAGAGUAAGUUCAUUAGCUUGGAAUGAACAUAUAUUAUCGAGUGGAUCUCGAGAUCGAACUAUUCUUAAUCGUGAUGUAAGAAUUGAAAAUCACUAUGUAAAUAAAUUUGAAAGUCAUAAACAAGAAGUUUGUGGGUUAAAAUGGAAUGUGGAAGAAAAUAAAUUAGCCAGUGGUGGAAAUGAUAAUAAUUUAUUUGUAUGGGAUGGAUUAAAUCCAAAACCUUUACAUCAAUUCACUGAUCAUAUUGCUGCCGUAAAAGCAAUUGCAUGGUCUCCUCAUCAAAGAGGUAUAUUAGCCUCUGGUGGUGGUACGGCUGAUAAAACCAUCAAGACUUGGAAUACGUUAUCCGGAAAUCUCGUUAAUGAUGUACAUACUGGAUCUCAAGUUUGUAAUUUAAUUUGGUCUAAGAAUUCGAAUGAAAUUGUUUCUACUCAUGGUUAUUCACGUAAUCAAAUUAUUGUUUGGAAAUAUCCUUCCAUGCAGCAAAUUGCGCAAUUAACAGGUCAUACUUAUCGUGUAUUAUAUUUAUCAUUAUCUCCUGAUGGAGAAACUAUCGUUACAGGGGCGGGUGACGAAACUUUAAGAUUUUGGAAUGUAUUUGAAAAGAACAAACAUAAUGAACCACCAUCGUCUGUAUUACUAGAUGCCUUUCUGCAAUUAAGAUAA